AUGCCUCAAGGUUUUAGAAGACAGGGGGAGACUAAGAAGAAAGGAGCAGACUUUGUGGCUGUUCUUGUGUAUGUGGAUGAUCUGCUCAUCACAGGAAACAAUGAGCAGUUCAUUCAGGAAACUAAAGAUAUUUUAGAUCACAAAUUCAAAGUAAAAGAUUUGGGAGAAUUGAAAUACUUCUUGGGAAUUGAAGUUGUGAGAUCCAACAAAGGGAUCUUACUAAAUCAAAGGAAGUAUGUCUUGCAAUUGAUUUCUGAUCUGGGGUUGGGAGCUACUAAACCAAUGGCCACACCAAUAGAUAUGAAUCAAAAGUUUACUUCAGCAGAAUUUGAUGCUCAUGUUGGGGUGUCUGGAGAUGAAUUGAUGAAAGAUGAUGCAAUCACCCACGCAGUCUCACUGGAAAGCAGCAAUAAGAGUUGUAAGGUAUAUCAAACUGAAUCCAGGAAUGGAAAUGCUACUGAGCAGCAAAGUGCAAACAUUUGGGAAUCAUUGGAGUCAUGGAAGUCUAAGAAGCAGGAGACAGUGUGUAGAAGCUCAGCAGAAGCAGAAUAUAGAAGUCUUGCAACAGCUACUGCAGAAGUAGUUUGGCUACUUGGGUUGUUCACAGAGCUUGGCAUUUCAAUUGAGCAGCAUGUGAGUGUGUUUUGUGACAAUAAGGCAGCCCUACAAAUUGCAGCCAAUCCUAUAUUUCACGAGAGGACUAAGCAUAUGGAGAUUGAUUAA